AUGUCUAGACUGUUGCGAUGUUCCCUUUGUCUCUUAUCCAUCUCGACCCUAGUCAUCGCCCAAGACUCGCUUCAGAUAGACAACCCAUACGAGGUACCCAUCUACAACGACCUUGCUUACCAACGCUACAAUAUUGCCAUCGCACUCGGCACGCCACCUCAGUCAUUCUCGCUACUCUUCGACACUGGAUCGACGGACGUAUGGGUUCCCAGCCCAGAUUCGUCGGGGUGCGCCCCAAGUUGCCCACCAGGAUUCGAUCCUGCUGCUUCAUCGUCGAUCAUCAAAACGAACAUUUCAUUCGAUGCGCGUUAUGGUUUCACCCCUGACGUCGCGGUAUUAGGCUCAUAUUACAACGAUAGCAUCUCCGUCGCUGGCUUGCCAUCUACUUCCACCGCUCAGUUCGCUGUUGGCGACGUCCCUUGGCUACUCUUCACGCAGGGCACGUGGGGCAUAUUUGGCCUUGGCUCGCGGCUCCAAGAAGCAGUCUACUCUAGCCCCACAUCUCCAUUUCACGGUGACCUGAGCGCGACUUAUACCCCUUUGUGGGAAAGGCUGGGGCUUGCGUCACCAUCGGGGAAGAGGAAGUUCAGUGUAUGGCUGAACUCGCAAAACGCUGAGAAAGGCUCAGUGCAGUUUGGCGGGGAGGAUGCAACAAAAUAUCAUGGUAGGCUUAGGCAAGUACCAGUAAAUUUGUGGCGAGGCGAGCUUGCAGACUGGAGUGUGAACGUUACCAGUGUGACGCGGGUUCGUGUGGAUGGAAGUGGUGAAGAAACAAAAACCCGACUGACGGCAGAAGACUACAGUGUGGAUUUUGUAAUAGACACUGGGAGUCCUAACAUGUACAUUCCAACAACUCUAUACGAAUCUGUCGUCGCGGGACUACAUGCCACCGAGGUUAUCAACGGCGCGCCUUACGUCCCUUGUUCACUCCGUUCAACUUCUACUGGGUUCCUGGACUUUGAGUUUCAGACUGAUGCGAAAGGUCGAAGACGCUCAAGAUACCACCCAGUCAAGAUACGGGUUCCGUAUAGCGAGAUAAUAUAUCCGUUCGGCUAUCCUGUCACUGUACCCCCAGUGAGAGACGUGGAUGGAGCAGAUAUGUGUUACUUCGGAGUCGUUCCACAAGAUGGAAGAAUUAGAUUGCUUGGCGCAACAUUUGCGAGAAGUGCGUAUCUCGUGUUUGAUGCAGAGAAUUCAGAGAUUAGAAUUGCACAGGCAAAGUCUGAGACUGGUCAUCCGAGUCUGCUUCCCCAAAUCGAGUACUUGAGAAGUUUUACAUCAGGGGCCAGGUAA